AUGACGAGCGCAAAGAAGGUUUACAUUGCUGGACCAGCAGUGUUCAACCCUGACAUGGGUGCUGCUUACUACAAUCAUGUUCGUGAGCUUCUUAAGAAGCACAACGUAAUACCGCUUAUUCCUAUCGAUAGUGUGGCUAGUGGGGCCGUUGAGAUUCGAAAAAAAAAUAUUGAUAUGAUAAUUGAAGCAGACGCUGUUAUUGCGGAUCUUUCACCAUUUCGCUCACAUGAGCCAGACUGUGGUACGGCCUUUGAAGUGGGUUACGCUUCCGCCUUGGGUAAAAAGGUGGUAACAUUUACGUCAGAUACCAGGACAAUGGCUGAGAAGUACGGUGGUACAGCAGACACAGCUGGGUUGACGGUUGAAGACUUUGGUCUUCCCUUUAAUCUCAUGCUGUACGAUGAGACAAGAAUAUUUGAUUCGUUUGAUUCUGCGUUUCAGUAUUAUGUUGAUCACUACGCUGAUAAUUAA